AUGGCUCUUACAGGCAGAAUUCCACAAGAUUUUGGAAAUCUCACAUUUCUCAUUUAUCUUGACUUGAGUGGCAACAAUUUGCAUGGCAACUUGCCUCAUGAAGUGGCACACUUGGGUCGACUAAAGUUUCUUUAUUUAAGUUUCAACAGCUUCAGAGGGGAGGUUCCUUCCUGGUUUGGGAUUUUACACCAACUUCAACUUCUAAAUCUUAGAAAUAAUAGUUUCACUGGUUCCAUCCCUUCUUCAUUUUCUAAUAUUUCCACACUUGAGACUUUGAAUCCGAAAUUCAAUUCCAUAGAGGGUCAAAUCCCAAAAAUGAUUGGAAGUCUUUUCAACCUGAGAGAAUUAAGCAUGAGAGGUAACAAGCUCAUAGGCUCUAUUCCUCCAUCACUCUCGAAUGCCUCAAGGUUGGAGGCUUUAGAAAUAUCUGGCAAUUUACUUCAAGGAAACAUUCCAGAAGGGAUCGACAAUCUUUAG